UGAUGUCUAACGUAAUGAUCAAACUUAUGGCGAUUUCAACAAAUCUAAUGUCUUUAACAAACAAAUAGUUUUUGAUUGAAAUGUGUUUACAAAUAAUUGUUUUAUUCAUUCAAAUGAUUGAUUGGUCACUAAUUUAGUGAACAAAUCAAUUGAUUAUUAUUUUAUUAAAGCAUUUGUUGAUUAUUUUGGUUUAAAUAUAUAUAGUGUUUGUGUUAAGACAAGUGUCAUAAAUGUUAAGAUUAUAUAACCAUUAAUGGGCUCUCAUUUGAGCAAAAAUCCAGAGACUUAUCAAAACAGAAGUAAAGCCGACCUCAAGAUCAACACUCAUACCAAUAGCCGACGUAAGAGUUCGGUCGACUCGGUGUCCACUCCCGACUUCAUCACAUCGCAACACAUCAAAGCAAUUGGCGGCCAAUCAGACCAAAGACAACAACAAAUUGUUGGACACAAAAGUGAAGCAAAGAUUUGGAUUCCCGCCGAGAUUGUGGUCGUAUCGGACGCACCAACUGAUAGUGAAGAUAUUAUUACAUUUCCGCCGACAUUUAAACCAUUGAUUCCCAUUGGAUACGAGUCAUUGUCUCAAUCAUAUCCACAAUUAAAGCCCGAGUUUAUCAUCAAUUUAGGUCUCAUUCUUGAGAAACAUCUUAAGACAAAAGCCGAGUUUGUUGCUCGAGAACAGCUAAAACUGAUUGAUUGUGUCAAAGACUUGGACUCAAAGGUCUCAUAUCUGUCCAAUCAAUUCAUUGUUGAGCGACAAAAACGACUCAUCAAAGUGUCAGAAAACUUGUCAAAAGUGACUGAAAUUUCUUCAUUGAUUGAGAAGAUUGACAAAGAUUUAGAUAUUUGUGUGAAGAGUUUAGAUAAACUCAACAACUUUUUACCCCAAACUCUUCAGUUAGAAAAACUUGAGUUAAAUCAGACGACAGUCUAUUCUUAAAGACUUAAUUUGUUUAGUGUUUAAAAUAUUUUAGUUUUUAAUAUCAAUCAUUACAUCCAUAAUGUCG